AUGAAUCCUGAAGACGACAACGCACGUUCGGGGGACUCGAAAUCCGGGGGGCGUCCCUCCCGCUCACUAAACGUCGCCCGUGCGGCGCAUCCCGAGCGCUCGGCGCCAUCCACAAGCUCGGUGCGGGACACAAGCGCGGCGCCCUCAGCAUCCCGGGGGCGCACUGCACCCACACUCAAGCCCACUGCACAACCCGCGAUCCCCAGCCAGCGAGAGAAGAAGGCCAUACAAAAGCGUGCUGAGGGCCGCGCCAAACUCCCGCCCAAAUUCAGGGACGGCCUCAAGCGAUUUCUCUUCUCGCCCACAAGAAUCUUGAAGAUCAUUAGGCUGGGCCUUCUCAUAGGGGCACUAGUUUGUUUCAUCAUUGCUGAAGCCCAGGAGUCCUAUAUAGCAAUCACAGUCCUGGAAACCUGCAUCGUUCUUUUUUUCAUUCUAAUAUAUAUGCUAACCCUUCACCACUCGAUGACUUAUUUACAUUGGCCCUUACUUGAUCUUAUCAACAGUUUCAUUACUGCUGUGUUCCUUUUCGUAGUUGCCGUCUUGGCGAUGGAAGAAAAGGAAAGAAGUCAUUUAUUCUACGUUGGAGGGUCCCUGUGUCUCACAGCGGCAAUCGUGUGUCUCAUCGAUGCGACUGUGGUCACCAAGACGAUGAGGAAUACCAUGAAAAAAGCUCUGGGAAUCGAAACCAAAACCGGUGCCUCCCCCACCCAGGAACCCAUCUCACCCACAAGGGUACCCCCAAGGGGAAGCCCAAGGGCACCUACAAGGGCAACCAUGAAGCAACGCGGCCUGUCGGAGCCACCCUCGGAAGCACCCUCUCGGGCACCGUCGCGGGCACCUUCGCAAGCACCAUCGUCUUCUCCCUCCCGCCGCUGAGUUCGCACGCUGUCACCCAUUUCAGCCCACAUGUGAUCGUAAAAUCAGGGCUGCUAAACCCGGAACACUUCUGCUUGCUCGUGCUGCCUUGUGUAAAAGUCGCGUUACAUUUUCAAACGAGUGCCAAUGCGCCCUCGGGGCUCUGGGCGCGACUGCCCCAGGCGGCCACAGUUUCAGCCAACCCGACCCGAAGGCGGGAGCAGCGGCUACAGCCCCCGGCACCCCCAGAGGCCUCGCGUGGGGAGCGCUCCGCGUGGGGAGCGCUCCGCGUGGAGGCGGGACCACCACCGGAGCCGGCUUGGGGGCGGGGGCUCCCGCGCAGGGUCUGGGCGGCCGCGGACACUCGAGGCGCUUGCUGCCGGGCGCGGGGGCGCGGCUGGGCGGAGGGGACUCGCGUGCAGAGACUAGGUGCGCGUCGAGAGGGCGCUAAGCGCUGGCCUUCGCUCGUCGUUCCCGGCCGUUGGCUGAGCGCGGCCUCCAAGCAGGUCGGUGGGCAUUCGGCUCGCUCAAAGGCCAG